AUGUCUGAAAAAUUAGAAAAUAUAUUAUCGCCUUGGGAAAUCGAAUCAUUUAUAGAACAUUUACAAACUACAAAUUUAGAGGAUGUUGGUACGAGCGGAUGGUUUGAGUAUCAUAAAAAAUUAAUGCUCUUGAAUCAACAAAGUGUUUUUGAAAUAAAUACUUUGAGAGAAGAGAGUGUCAAAGAGUGGUUUGUUAGUUUUAAAAAGAUACCCGUUUUAAUUUAUGAAGCAAUUCAAAUAAUGAUAUGGAAGCAAAAGGUUUAUCCUAUAUUAAUGGAGUUAGAUGAAAAACCUGCCAAUACUUUCAUUUUAUUUAGUGUAUUUUAUCAUGAGGAACUAGCUAUUUCAAUACUUGAAAAUAUUUUAUACCAUUCUGAUAGUGUUGAAACAAUGGAUGAUUCAAUUGUUGAUUUAAUUGAUUAUGCUGCACAUUACAUUACAUUACUCUUAUAUUCAAAAAACGAAAAACCAUGCAUAGACAAGAAAACAUGUUUGGAAGAAAUGGCAGAAAAAAGAAUUGAAAUAGAUUUUGACAUAGGGAUGAGAUCUAUAUCAAUUUUACGCUAUUUAGCCGAAUUUGCGGAUCAAUUACCUUUGUGCGCUCUUUCACGUAUGUUGGCAGCAAAUGAUAUUCCGUAUUUACUUGCACAACUGAUUGAGUAUCAGCCAUGGAAAAAAAUAAAUAAGAAAGGAGAAAUCAUGAUUUAUAAUGGUAAAUGGCACAAGCUUGAUGAUAAGGACAUUGAUAAACUUUGCAAAUUUGAAGGUCAAGUAUGGUUUGGGCUAAGAGAACUUUUACUCAAUCCAAAAUGUGCACCAUAUUACGAUAUCACUGAAUUUCGAAUGUCUCAGUUGACUAAGUUGCAAAAAUACAUGCAAGAGCAUGUACUUGAUCAAAUAGCUCCACUAAUUGAUCUUCGAAGAUGGCUAAGUUACUUAAAUAUGUCUUCUCAGACUACGAAUUCACAACGACCAAUCAGUGUAGAAGUUAUUCCGGAGAUAAGUUCAUCAAUAAAAGAAAAAUAUAGUAAAAGAUGGAAAAGAUUAGCAGAACACCAAGCUAAAACAUUGUUUUCAAAAGAUAUUGAAAAAGUAAAAAACAUGGCCCAAAUUUUGAGUGAGGCAUAUGAUUUUGAUAAACUGGAUAUAAUUGAUGCUAAAACAUGUGCAAAGUGCAAAGAAAUAGCGAAAAAUAGAUGUUCUAAAUGUAAAGAAGUUUGGUACUGUAGCAGAGAAUGUCAAGUCAAAGAUUGGUCAAAUCACAAAAUUAUCUGUGAAAAAAUAUUAAAAUCUAAACAGGAAGAGAAUCAAAACAUUGAAUAA